AUGCACAUCGAGGGACCUCAUUAUAGCAACACGUCGUCCAGCUUUGCUUUUGUCGAGCUACAGGGAGUCAGACUGGGCCAUGUGCAUGCGCGAGGAGGCGUUGCUGUACCUUCCAUGCUGCAUGGAUCUGCAGACCGUCCAGACUCUGUUCCAUUUCCGAGGAGUGGAACUAUGGGAUGGCAUUACAGUAAAAACUACAGCAAUGUGCUUCCGAUUUUAGUGAAGAACUCAAUAAAAACGGGGCGAGGGAAAGGAAAAACGAGAGGAAAGUCCUUUGUUAGGACUGGCCCUGAGGUGCGUGCAGUCACUGCACGCACCUCAGAGACUACGUCACUGCAGUGUGAAUUGAAUUUGACUUGGCAACAGCAAUGA